CUUCAUUUGGAACGUCACGGUGUAACGGACACUUGUGUACCGGAUUUCUAUCACGAUUCUGGGAAAAAAGCCAUUCUGAAGAAAAUAUAUUUUUUGCACUGUUUUCACUGGACAUCUAGCCUACCUCAACUCAGCUUGGAAGGACAUAAUACGUUUAUAAAGGCUCCCAACAGGAUGACUGAGGUGAUUAACACACGGGAACCUGUGAUAGAGGACUUCAGUGUAGCUGGAGCAGUGUCAGCGGAUCAGGGCAUAUCCUUUCAGAUUUUCCCAGAUACCCAUGAGCGGAAUCCCAAGCUGUCCAAGAGACUUCCCUCUAUUGUGGUGGAGCCCUCUGAUGGGGGCAAUGUGGAGAGUGGGGAACUCCGCUGGCCCCCUAAGGAUCCCAACUCUGCAGAGGUCCCAGGUGGGAUGCAGCCCCACAAACACACCCCUCUUCAGACCACACAGGACCAGACAGCAGAUGUAGAUCUGAAUCUCGGGGUGCAGGACAGCAAUGAAGUGGUGUCUGGGGCUGUAGUGGAGGAAUCUAACUGAGAAGAUCAUCCAUCCACCUCCACAGCUGCUCUCGCUGUGAAUGUGUCCAGAGUAAGAUAGAUAGGAAGGGGCACGGAGGAGAGGGUAGGAGGGACUUGGAGGGUCGUAACCCUUAUCUGCACACUGCCAGAACACCUAUGAUUUAAUUCUGAUGUUUAAGCUGGACAGCGAUCUGUAAAGCUGUCUUAAAUAACUUGCUCACAUGUGCCACACUACUGGUGUUAGCUACUUUGUGCAGUUUUCAUAUACAUGCAGACUAGAUCACUGCUACGCAGCACUCUCAAAGCUGCAAUAUGUAACUUUUUUGCCGACCUGACCAAAUUCACAUAGAAAUGUGAGUUUUAUAGAUCUGUAA